CCCCGUUUACAGUGCUGAGUGAAUGUACCGACGCUUUUGUCAUCAACUGCAAACAUUCAAUCUUCGCGCGGAUUGAAAAAGUCCAAAUUGCACCGAAAUUUACUCCCAUAAACUCUUCUCGUCUAUCGUCUCAAACGAUGAAAAGCUUCGACAGCACAAGGAAAUCAAAGGCAGCGCAAUGAUGCAUCCCAGGCUGCUAUUGUUGCCAAUAAUCAUGGCUUCCUUGCAGCGGCUGACCGCCGCCGUCAACGCCACCACCGCAGACUCCGAUUGCCCUCCGGCGACAUGCGGCAACCUGACCAUCACCUACCCGUUCUCGCCGGCGUUCCAGCUCACAUGCGACUCCGCAGCGUCCGGCGCGUUCCUGGGCGUCAGCUCCUACAUGAGGGUCCUCGACAUCGACUACGGCAACCGCUCCCUCGUCGCCGUCCACGUCCUCGUUGCCGCCGACGCCGCAUGCACCGUCAUCUUCAACGUGUCCUCCGCCUUCGCGAUCUCGGACAGGUUCAGGAUCAGCGCCAACAACAGGGAGCUCUACGUCCUGUCCAAGUGCAGGGGGACGCCGUCGCCGCCGCCGCCCGGCGCGGUCCCCGUGACCAACUGCAGCAGCAACAACAGCAGCGGCACGUUCGUGUACCUGGGUGGAGGUUAUGGCACGGGCCAGCCGCCGGCGAACGACCGAGGCUGCGAGCUCGCCAUGUUCCCGGUGCUCGGUUCGGAGGCAGAAGGCGCCACGGCGGACAGUUACAGGCGGCUCAUAAGGGCGGGGUUCAGGUUGGAGUGGGAACCUGUCGGUGACUGCGACGCCUGCAGAGCCAGCGGCGGCCAGUGCCGGUACGAUGGCAACACGGCGGCGUUUGCGUGCCUUUGCUCGGGCGGCGACAUGCGACAGUAAGCGCAAGAGCAGACGAUCUUUGAUUGAUCAAAUGAAGAAGUCCUAAGAAGGCGCGGAUCUCUUGCUCCACAUAGGUACAUGUAUUCAGAGCUGAAGAAGAUAACGAGAUAUUUAAGGAGAAGCUAGGAGAAGGCGGCCGUGGAGUGGUAUUAAAGGGAAGCCUUCAGGAUGACCGAGUAGUUGCUGUGAAGCUCUUGAAA